AUGGAGUGGACGAAGUUGGAACGCGCUUUCGCUGUUGAGGCAUUUUUUUUUUCAAGCGGUCGCUCAAUCGUCGCAACGCAACGUGCAUUCCGUAGACAUUUCAAUAUUGCCCCCCGUGGUCGUGUUCCUGGCCGGCAGUCGAUUGUUUCAUGGUACAAUUUCUUUCUUUCUUUCUUUCUUUCUUUCUUUCUUUCUUCAUAUCUAUCUAUCUAUCUAUCUAUCUAUAUAUAUAUAUAUAUAUAUGUGUGUGUGUGUGUGUGUGCAUUUUUCUUUUAUCUAUCUUUCUCUCUUUUUCUGUCUGUCUGUCUAUCUAUCUAUAUUUCUUUCUUUGAUCGAUCUUUCUCUCUUUUUUUAUCUAUCUAUCUAUCUAUCUUUCUUUCUUUCUUUCUUUCUUCCUUCCUUCCUUCUAUCUAUCUAUAUUUAUUUAUUUCUUUUAUCUAUCUUUCUCUCUUUUUCUGUCUGUCUGUCUAUCUAUCUAUCUAUAUUUCUUUCUUUGAUCGAUCUUUCUCUCUUUCUUAUCUAUCUAUCUAUCUAUCUAUCAUUAAUUUAUCUAUCCUUCUUUCUUUCAUUCUUCUAUCCUAUAUUUCAUUCUUUUUUCUAUCUAUCUAUCUAUCUAUCUAUCUAUCUAUCUAUCUUUCUUUCUUUCUUUAUCUAUCUAUCUAUCUAUCUAUCUAUCUAUCUAUCUAUCUAUAUCUCUAA